UAUAUGCUUUAGGUUAAUACUAUCUACCUCAUUAGGAGACUGUGCUUGCAGUGUUGUUCCUCUGACCUUGAGUGCCUCAAGCCGCUGCAGCUAAUCUAGUUUCGAUCGGCGUAGCUCCACAAGCAGACAGAUUGGGAGUUUGUGCAGGGAAACAAAAUGAAAAACUCGUCAGAGUGCGAGAUAGAUGUACUUUGAUUUAAGUCUUACUUGCUUAGUGUAGUGUUUAACCAGGAGUGUGAAGACACCCAGUGAAUUGGAGGAUUGUUGCCUGCUUCCUUGCUGUAUGUAGAAGGGUCUGGCUGCUAAACUUUUGUUGAAAGUAUAAUCGAUGACACUGAGGUAUUAAGUGGAUUCCCUGGCUGACAGCAGUUUUGAAGACUCGCAGACAGGAAUGGACGCACCGGGGGAGAGCUUAAACGUUCGUUACAAGGAAGAAGAUGGGACCGUGUUCUUUGAGAACUAUGUGCCCCCCUCUCGGGAUGCUAUCCACCUGCCUACCUAUGCCCUCUAUCUGCUCAUAGCCAUCUUUGUCGUGCUGGGUGUUCUUUAUGCCAUCAUCGGUCACCUCAUCAAAGACCUCAUCCAUGACUUUGCAGACUUGCUGUGUGGGGAGCAGCCUGAGGAAGUGGUGGUGAACUAUUGCGAGGCCAAGGAUAAGUUCAUGGCAGACUGGUGCCCAGAAACUUCCCCCGAACUAGAGGCGUUGGCCCGGGCCGAGGAGAACAAGAUGGUCGACAGGGACUUCAUGAAAGCCCCUGCUAUCUGGAUCAUCUCUACAGAACCUCAGGGGAGCAGGACGGGACCCCAUGUGGUGUUUGGGAAGAGGACUUAGAUGGGGGCAGACCGAAGAAAAAGAAGAUGACAUCAGAGUAGAGACUUGUUCUUGAUGCAGAGCUUCUGUAUCUGUGUGAUUGUAUGCAUAUUGAGAUGACUGGGAAGUGAAGUGAAUGGCUGUAAUGAAACAUUAGUGUGUAAGGCUGAAAAUGUAUGAUAUUGUAGACACGGGGUAUAUCUUGCUCAAAGUGCUAAAUGCUUGAGUGCACUUGGUCUUAUGAGGACAUCUAGUGGCUAUUGAGGUCAUUGCAGCUGAUUUGCAGCAAUACACAUGGACCACAUCACACACAGAAAUGCCAGCACAAGUUUUGUCAAUCAGAGAUUAAAAAACAAAAAACAAUCAAUAAUAUGCCUUAAGUCAUCUCUGAUAAAGAUUGUUUAAAAAGCGUAAGAUAGUAUUGCAUUUUUCUGUAAAUGAUGGCUGAUGAGAGAAAAUGUAGAACUUUAUGUCUCCUCUUUAGUGCAUCUAUGAUCAGUGUCAAUCUAAAGUCAAGUGUAUCAAGAGAUGUCAAAUGACAUUUCAAAGUAGCCUAAUUUUAAUAAACACAAUUGGAA